UUUUUUGCCCCGGCUUUCGUGGCGCGCGCGAAAUUGGUCGACGUGCUUGCCGCGAGAUGACUCCGCGUUACGCGGUACGCAGGGUAGAAAGCUCGCGACGUCGCGACGCCUGCUGGGGUUGCCGGGACGCCCGACGUCGUCUCUUCGCUACGGUGAGUGCGUCGCGUCGCCGCAACCCCGGGGGUCGCUGGUCUCGAGCACAAACGUAGAACGGCCGGAGAGGGGGAGAGGGGCUAACGAACCGCGAGCUCGCCCCGAGUCUACGGAGUGCGGAGUUGUAUACGAAUCAUGGCGACACCCGACCCCGUAGACCCGGCCACCCUAGAGAUUAAGACCCGUAGCAUAGAACAGACACUUCUCCCUCUAGUAAAACAGAUUUCUACGUUAGUGUCUCACAGGGAACGACCGUUAUGUUCGGACCGGAGCUUGAGGGCGGUGGCCAGGGUCGGUCAGGCGGUAAAUCUCGCCGUCGAAAGGUUCGUCACCGUUGGAGAAACGAUCGCCGACGACAACCCAGAAAUAAAACAGGACAUGUACGAGGCCUGCAAGGAAGCAAGAGCCGCCGGUUCAGCGAUCGAGAAACUGUGCGAGUGCGCGAUUGAGGACAGUCUGGCGGACCGGGGUUCCGUAGUGAGAGCAGCUCGUUGCCUUUUGGGUUCAGUGACCCGGGUUCUUUUGCUCGCCGAUAUCGUCGUUGUUAAGCAACUCCUACUCGCUAAGGACAAAGUAGCUCGUAGUCUAGGCCGACUCGAGAGUGUUUCAAACUUCACGGAGUUUGUAAAGGCCUUCAGUCAGUUCGGUGCCGAGAUGGUGGAACUGGCUCACCUGACGGGUGAUCGACAGAACGACCUCAAGGACGAGAGGCGGAGGGCUCAAAUGGCCGCGGCUCGUCAAGUGCUGGAAAGGAGCACCAUGAUGCUGCUUACAUCGAGCAAAACUUGCCUGAGGCACCCGGAGUGUCCUUCCGCAAAGGAAAACAGGGACACGGUGUUCUGCCAAAUGAGGAGAGCCAUGGACCUCAUACACUACGUCGUCAAGGACGGCGUACUCGAAUGCAGCGAGUCGCAGCAAACUUACACAAACUCACAGAGCCCGCAGCAGGAGGACUGGGACAGUAGCACGGUUUGCUCGGCCCUGAAGCACUUCGAGAGGCUGGUCGAGACGACGAGGAUGACGUUGUUGGGUCCGGGAUGCAGGGAGACGCUCACCUCCGCCCUUGACACCGUCGUCGAGAGAACGCAAGACUUUACGGAUAGCGCUUACACCAGCCACGAGCACAGGGAAAACAUACUUCUGCUCUGCGACAGGGCGAAAUUGGAGCUGAACCAGCUGCUGAGGAUCGGUAACAGUAUGGAGAAUUUCGAGGGUGGAGGAGGUUCGCCGAGCUCUGAAAUGGAGCAGGCUGUCCUCGGAGUCCUCAGGGCGACUAGAGACCUCCGUCAGCAGCUGGGCACCACCACCAUGGAGCAGGCGGGGGAUCUCGGGCAGGUGACCAAGGCGGGACAGGAGCUCGUUUCGACGAUCAGAAAUCUCGCCUUAGCUAACGACAUCGACAGGCUCCAGGAGAGCAGCGACCGCUUCCACGAGUACAUCGAACACAUACUCGAGGUCUGCAAGCUCCUGAGGCACGUCGCACUGUCGGAAUCGCUUCAGGUAUCAGCUAAAUUCACCGAAAUAAACCUGAGAAUAUACGGGCCUCAGGUGGUCACCGCAGCCCACACACUGGCGAGGCAUCCGACCAGUAAAAUAGCCAAAGAAAAUCUCGAAGUGUUCGCUGACAUGUGGCAGUGGUUGAUGUCCGACGUGACCGCGGUUGCCAAAGACGUUCUCGAGCUCAGUCAAAGCCGUCCUGAGAAACAGGUCUACAUGUCCCUACCGCGACCAGGGAAACACGGAACGACUAGCAAGCCUCUGAAACCGGUGAGACUGGACAGUGAGGAGCAAGCAAAGAUAGCAAAAGCUGGUUUAGAAAUGAAGUUAAUAACGUCAGAGAUGGACGCGGAGACCGAAAAAUGGCAGGAGAGUGGAUCGGCCCUUGAGGAGAAUAACGAUAUUGUAAAGAGGGCGAAAAACAUGUCUUCCAUGGCAUUUUCCAUGUACCAAUUCACGAGGGGAGAGGGAGCCCUGAAAACAACCCAGGACCUUUUUACCCAAGCUGAGUAUUUCGCCGAGGAAGCAAACAGAUUGUACAAAGUUGUGAGACAAUUUAGUUACCAGGUGCCGGGUGGACCACACAAGAAGGAACUCCUGGAGAACCUGGACCGUGUGCCGACCUACGUACAGCAGUUACAAUUCACCGUAAAAAAUCCCACCGUUGGAAAAGCCGCGACGUUCACGAAGGUCGACAACGUCAUACAAGAAACUAAGAACCUCAUGAACGUCAUAUCAAAAGUUGUCACUACCUGCUUCGUCUGCGCCACAAAGUACAACCUGGAUUUCCGAGGUCUGUCGGCGCGUGGUAGCGGCGGAUCGCCGUACAGGGGCGGAGAUGGCGCGGGUGCCGACGGCGAAGGUGGUGGAGCAGGAGGUGACGGUAGCAAGGCGGGCUCCGCCCCAGGCAGCGACCCGUCCGUCUGACAGUUCGGGAUGGCCCGACGGGCCAAGGGGGACGCCCGCCGCACCCGGGUCUCUUUCCUGCUUUUCUAGAAGGAACCUCACCCGCCCCAGGACCCGAAUCGUCGGAUGGGUUGCGGCGUUGGUGGUCGUUCGCUUCGUGUCCCCGACGAUGCCUCGAAAUCGCCGCGGUUCGUCAAGGGCCAUUUUUACCGCGAACUCCUCGUCAAGGGCAAUUGGAGAACGAGGGCUGUUCGCCGCACUCGGACUCCGAAAGAAAGAGCGAAGGAGAGAGGCGAAUGGAAGGGAGAAAUGUGCUGGGUCCUCAGAGAAAUGGAAAUGGGCUUCCGGUCGUGUUUAUACACCUGUCUAUCUAUAUACAUAUUUAAAUACGUUUUUGUUGAGGUCGGACAAAAGGGAUGAUAAAAUAAAAAUACAAUCAAGACGAAAGCGGCAGACAGAGAGAGAUAGAGAGAGAAAGAGAGACGAGGAGCCGGAAGUACGUUGGCGAUUUACUCCCCAGCCUCCCUGCACCACAUCAGGGGCGGGAGAUCGUUCUUUAGGGGUGACCUGGGGGCGGCACUAGGGCGGUCAGGGACGUACUUUGUGGCAAAGACGUAAUAAAAAACUUACGAAUUGCGAGUUACGCGAUCUUCUGAAUCCCAUAAUUAUCGCAAACGGUUGCACUUCGCAAUUGUCUCACGCAUUAAUGUACCGUUUGCAAAGAAAAAGGAGCGUCGUCGAUAAUAAUUUACCUGCGUACAUUCUUGUAAACUUUUCACGAUCAUCAUCGAUAUUGUCAUCAUCGCUUUAAAGACGCAAGCAUAACGUCGUUCCUCUUCAAUUUCCAACUUUCUCGCGUUUACACCGGCUGCCUCCGAAGGAAAUGUAAAAUAUCAUCUUCAAAAAACGAGGGUUGAAAAGAAACCCACCAAAGUAAAUUGGAAUCGAACCGUCGAAUCGAAAUUUCAGGGGCCGUUGGUGAUAACCGCGACGAAAGUAUAAACGAGGACGAUUCGUCUUCAAAGCUAUCUUACGUACGUAACACCAUAAUAUAUAUAUUGUAACUCGCCUGACGCAGGUUUUCUCAGGAGUUAGGGUAUGUAUGUAUAUACCGUGUAUAUUACCCAGAUAAUCUGAUCUCUCGAUAAAAUCAAUCAUAUUAUGCCUGUAUACCUAUAUACGUCGUGUGAUUUGGGGGGAUCUCUUUUUUCAUUUUCUUCACGAUGACGUGAAUAACGCAACCCCCGACGAGUUUGAUAACGGUGUUCGGUAUAAAUAGAACUGAAAAUGAUAACGAUUUUUUUAAAGUCGACUGUAAAUUUAAUACAUGAACUAUGAUGACAUUUGAAAUGAAAAAGUCAACGGUUAUAUAGGUAUACUUUAUUACACUAAAUGAAUAAUGCGAGAUAGCAGGCUUUAGUAUUAUUAAUAUUAAUGAAAAUGUCAACAAUAAUGUAAAUAUUUCAAUGAAAUCUUGAAUCGAUAAUACGAUGACAGUCAUUGUAUCAUCGUCGUUACGAUGAUCAUCAUUAUUAUCCUCAGCCAUUCGUGAAUUCGUUACAGAUAUUCGAUUACCUUCGAUCUGCAUACAUACUUAUGUAUAGAACAAAAUAUGUUACGUUGUAUACAUAAAUAUACAUAUAUGUACAUGUAUCGGCACGAUUAUUUAUGUACAGAGCUAGCACAAAAUCAACUCGAUUAUUAUUAUAAUAAUCGAUAACAUUCGUUCAUAGAUCUAUUCUAGUACGCGACAUCGUGUAAAAGUUUAUCACUUCUCGCAUCGGAUCGUCAUCGCGAAGUAAUUUUUUUCUUUACUAGCUAGUGAAAAAUAUAUUCCAUUAACCGUGUUUCUUUCCAUAUCUAUCCGUCUAUCUGUUCAUUGAUUUAUCCAUAUCUGUAUCUAGUCGAAUAGUCAAAACUAUGAUAGGCGGAAUAACAGCUGCACGCGAUGAUGAUCGCGAUUCAGAUUAGUUCCUACAACCCCUUAUGGAUCAUAAUUAUUACUAUCGUCAUUGUUAAUAUUACAUUAAUAGAAUUUCCCACAAGUGACAAAAAAAAAAGUCUAAAAUGUUCCGGGUUUACAUGCCUCAUCUAUUUUCGGUAUGUUAAAACUCUUAUGGUCGGCAGUAUUGAAGGAAUACGAACGACGUGAUGACGCGAGGAUAUAAUGACGAUAUUGUAUAAUGAAAAAUUUGUACAAACUUCUGUAUUAUACCUAAUCUCUAAUCUCAAUUUAUCCCGUAUUUUAUAUCUAUAUGAUUGAUUAUUUUACAUUACAUAUAAAUAUAUAAUGCGAUUUAAUUAGCUUGUAAUUAUUAAUACCACCCAUACAUAUAUAUAUGAAUAAAGAAUAUUGAAUAGUUAGCUAGAAUUUGUUAACGGAUUUAAGCUUAAGUUUUUUUGUAUAAAAAAAAAAAAACAGAACAAAAAACGAAAAAAAAAACGUCACAAGUAUUUUGUAAAAAUUGAAUUUGUUGUAAGUGUUGAUUUAUUUUUAUUAUCAUUACAUUAUUACCGUCAUCAUUAUUGUUGUUAUUAUUAUUAUUAUUAUUAUUAUUAUUGAUAUUAUUAUUAUUAUUGUUCCGACUGAAUGUAUAAUAUCCAACGUAAUUUAUUAUAACGUUUGCAAUUCAUACAUAUAAUAGGUAUUAUUAAUUAUAUCAUUCAGAGAUCACAAUACGAGCAUCAUGAUGUUUUGUAAAUUAGGCUAUAUAUAGCAGAUAUAAUUAUUGUUUGACAGUAAAAAAUUCUUCCUAUAUACAUAAUAUCAAAAGUGCUCCCCCGUUUUCCAUUGACCAUGUAUUAUAAAUCUAUAUAAUAUUUAUUCUGAAUAUAAAUGCGUGGAGAGAAGAAUGGAAAAAAUAUGGAAAUUUAACAGUCGCAUAUGAGCUUGUAGAGCUUAUGUCACUGACGAUGUAUCAUCAUUAAUUAUUAUCAUUACAUUCAUUAUCAUAACGUAAAUAUAUUGUCGUAAACGAAUCACGAUUUCCUAUACACGUGGUAAACGAGGAGAGAGAAAGAAAAAAAAUAGAGGAAAAACAAGAUGAAACACUCGCAUAUAAAUUUCUGUAUAAAUAUAUAUAUAUAUAUGUAUGUAUAGGAGAUACCUGAAAGUAUAAUGAUUACACGUGCGGUGUAGAUUUACAAAAUUUAAUUCGAAGUGAAUUCUCGCGUUCCCUGCAUUAUCAUAUGUAUUUGUAUGUUACGAAGAUCGACUAAUAUUCUGAAUAAUCUAAACGAGAUAAUAAUUGAUGAAAUGAGAGUGAAAGAUAACGGAAAAAUGAAAAAGUGCAAAGUGUAUAACGCGUUUGGAUGAAAGAAAAAUCGUACUAAUUACCGCGGCGCGAUUAUACAUGUAUUGCGCGACGAUCGAUAUAUACUUAUAUAGUUAGGUAUUUAAUUAGUUAAACUAAUUACUCGUGCCUGUGGUUAUAUAAAUUAUAUAUGUAACUAUCUCGUCAGAAUUCUUGCGAAUAAUAUUAAUAUAAUGAAUAUUAGGAAUUAUUAGUCGCGUCGAAAUCGCAAAUUAUUAUAUACACAUAAUUAAUAAACGCAGACAUGUUAACACCUGUAUAGGAUCAAUCACUUAAAAUGAUGAAAAAAAAAAAUAUAUAUAACUUGCAAAAUUACCUUCUCUUACAACUAAUAUAAAAUCCAUUAAUAUUAAUAAUAACGUAUAAUCGUGUGUACCUGGGGAGCUCAAGGUGGGUAAAUUCUGUGUAGUCGAAAUUUUUUGUACGUAAUUCAUUUCUGUACAUAGGCGCGUAUACAUUCAUAUAGCGAUACGUAUUCAAAACCGAUAUUACGUAGGUGCGAAUAUCGGCGGACAAUCGAAGGUUUGAUUUCUUUUUCAUAUGAAAAAACGCGAUGACCCGUGUGAUUAAUUUUUUCUGUAAUUUUUAUAACCGUGUAUGUAUUCGAAAACCUCUUUUUCGUGAUUUCAAGAUUGAUCUCGCGACAACCGGUGUAAAAUGAUUUGAUAUUUUUAUUUUCAUCUUUUUUCACCGCACGACAUAGGUACAUACGUUAUUGCAGAAUAUUUUUAUUUUAAAUCAAUGAUUAAAUAAUUAAACGGAUAUCUUCAGCGUGACGAUCGUCGGGAAGUUUAUAAUCUAUUUAGACUAACAACCAUAUUAAUUCGUAUAUGAUACUAUCGACUUUCCUACUCUAUGUGCAUAACUCAAAUAUUUCGAUUCAACUAAUGUUUGAUGUUCUUAAAAAAAAAAACUAACUCAGAUGUAUACGUAAGGUUAUAAAUUUUAAAUACGAAUGUAUCGCUGCGACGAGGCACUGUGGAUCGAUACGGGACAUGAUCUCUGACGUUUUUCGGAGGAAUUGAAAAUCGCUAUUCAAAUAAUUACAAAUAUUUGUAUUUCGAAUUAAUUAAUUGUGCAGCUAUCACGUGAUUGACCUAUCAGCUCUUUGAUAACGCGUCUGCAAAUUUACGAUUAUUAUACAAUAUAAAUGAUUGAGAAUGUCUUACCUUUAGAUGAUAUUUUUCAAUGGACGGUCGAAUCUCUUUGUAUGAAUUUUUACAUCCUAGAUAUUAAUAAUAAUAAUAAUAAUAAUAAUAAUAAUAAUAAUAAUAAUAAUAAUAAUAAAGUAGUGAAGUAAAAUCAACAAUAUCCCGCAUACAACCUCACGUAACAGAAGAAAAAGAAAGAAAAAUUACAAUAAAUAAUUAUAAUAUAAUAUGCGAUGAUUAAAUGAAAAUGAAUGAUCACUUGACUGACCUAAACCAUAUAGUUGAUGAAAUUGAUAUGAUUAUAUAUAUUAUAUGAAUGUUGAUAUAAAAAGAAAUGGUAAUAAAAUGCUUAGCUGAUCUCUCAUGCAUAGUAUAAUGAUGUCAUAUAUAUUUUGUGAGAAUAGCGCAUGUACCUUUACUCUCAUGUUGUACCAAACAGUAAAAAAAAAAAAAAAUAAUAUUAAUUAUGUACUUACCUCUCCCUAUUAUAUAAUUACGAUGUAACGAUAUACAUACAUAUAAUACGUAAUUGCAAACUGUCAUCGAUACACAUUACGUUAUAUACAUAAUUAUAUAGGAAAUUUAUUUCUGAAUGAUUGAUGAAAAUUCUAUGAGUAUAUGUAACGCGAGAAUAUAUCAUCUCGCGCGAUUUACAAACGGCAAUAUAUGAUAUCUCGGCGAAUAGUUGUUAUUAAUUGUAUAAUCAUUCCAAUCAACUUAAACGAAUUUUCAAUAUUAUCGAGACCAUCUUAUAUGAGCUAUUACCGAUACUAAUAAUUAUGGUAUAAUUAUCUGCGCUUGAUGACAGGGUCGCAUUUAUGGGUUAGAGGCAGGGAUGAAAUUUGUAAAACAUAUUUCAUUAUAUUAUACAUAUUAUUAUACAAUUAAACAUAUUUCGUAGGUAGAAUUCAUAAUAUCAAAGAGAAGAAUAAAAAUUAUAUAUGAAUAUUAUUAAUAACGAUUAAAAAGUGAAUAAAUAAAUUAAUUAAUUAUAAUAUGUAAAAGGAUGAAAAAAAAAAAAAAACAUGUAAUGAGGUAAAUUGAUGCGUCGAUUUCGUAUGAAUUCUGCAUUUGAACCAACUUUAACAAUAUAUUACUAAAUUGUAAUAAAUAUUGUAUGACUGUAUUAAAGAUGAAAGCGAUGGAGAAUAAAAUAUCGUAUCCAUAAA